AACAGCAAUGGCCUCUUCCACCCUGAACUCCAGACAGCUUAAGUAUGCCACUGGCGUAUUCGUGCACCCUGACCUGACGGUUAUAAACCCAAUCGAAAACAACAACGCCACAGUAGAGUCAGUCGUGGGAGACUUGUUACGUAACAUAAUGAAGAAAGCACAGACGACACUGGCGCUUGACACUCCCAUUGACCCAUAUACCCUUGAUAUCAAGUACCAACCUUCUGGAAUACCUCAAGAAUCAAAAGUUUCAGAGUUACCCGAGAACGCAGAAUUGUACACCAUGUUUACUCCAAAAGCGGCAGUGGGAAGCCCGUUGGCUAUUAAGAACCAAAAUCUCGCCCAGGCAGAGGGGGACAAUAUGAAACUGCGAGAAAUCAACAGUUUCAUGUUGACAAAUCGGAAGGGAGGAAAGGACUCUGAGGAAAUGGUGGUAUCACGGAAGGAUUAUGAAGAAUGUCAUCAAAGUAUUAGAGACUUACGAAAGGGGAAUGUCUGGUUGGGUGGCAGGGUUCAACGGUUGGACGAAAGUUAUCAGCGGUCGGAAGUGGCUAUGCGCGAGCUUCGAAAGAUGGUUGGUCAAUCGGAAGAGGCUAAUCGCGAGCUUCGAAAGGUGGCUGGUCAAUCGGAAGAGAGGUAUAUAAAAUCAGAAAAGAGGUGGGAAGAGAGGCAUGCGCGGUCGGAAGAGGCUAUUCGCGAGCUUCGCAAGACAAAUCAACGGUUGGAUGAAUCAAACCUUGAAUUAAAGAAGACUCUCAGGGAUGUAAGGGCGGAAGUCAUUGAGGAACGGGCAUCACGUGAAAAGAGUGAACAAGAAAUAAGGAGGUACUUGCGCCUUAUCACUCCGCUACAUCUCCGUGCUCUGCUUGACAAGGCACGACAAAAAAUCCUGAUGGAUGUUGAGGGCGGGACGUCUUGGGAGAGUUAUCGUCGUGGGAGAGAUGUUGACACAUUCUCCAAAGAUAUUCUUGAGGAACUCUCUGUGAAGUAUCAUCCUCCGUCUAGUGAGGCAGUCCACUUCCUGUGUUAUGCAUCCAAAGAAAUACGGAAACGAGGAAACGAAGCUGCCCACAAGGCCGACGUAAGUGACAUUAGGAAGGCUCUCAUGGACGAGCAACUGGAUGCCGGGGAUGUUGGGGACCAUGAGCGCCUUUUGCUAAAAGAACUUUUCGAAUUUGCAUACGGGCAAGCCAUAUGAUUGAUUUUGUUGUUUUCAUGCUAUGUAUCAAUGUAAUCUCCCUCGGUCUGACCAAUUCUCGAUAUCCUUCUUUUAACGUAUCCGAGUCACUGUUAUGUAGCAAGCACCAACGGGCAAUCAAUAUGAUACUCUUGCGCAAUUUUUUUUUU